AUCAAACCGUUUGAUUAAAACGUCAAAACAUAACCUUCAAUUAGCUACCCAUUUGUUUACUAAAUCACAGUGUGGUUUUAGUACUAAAUCUUUACAAACCAAAAACAUGGCAACAGAUUCUGUUGGAAAAUUAGAAGAACAAGCUCUUAAAAGAAAAGAGAAAUUGAUGUUGUUAAAACGCAAACGUGAAUGCAAAGAGGACACUACCGACAAAAAAACAACAGAAGAAAAACUUGAGUUACCGAAACCAAAAUUCAGAAGCUACAAACCAGUAGAUGAAGCUCUCAACGAACAUUUACUGCCCAACAUUAUGCCAGGGGAUGUAGGUUUGCAAGUCAAGGACCAACUGGAAUCGGCAAAGUCUGAAAUAGUGAUUGAUCAACUGGAUGUAACCACCCUGGCACCUAGGAAACCAGAUUGGGAUUUAAAACGUGAUUUAGCAAAGAAAAUGGCAAAACUUGAAAGGCAAACUCAAAAGGCCAUUGCAGAACUUAUUAGAGAUCGAUUGAAACAAGGACACGAGGAUUUGGCUGCCAUAGUAAAUGCUGGCUCUCAAGUUAAUGAGCCUUAAAUUUUGAAGACCUAGUAUUUUUUUAUCAAUUUUUAAAUAUUACACCAUUAUGAUAGCUAAAAUCACCAAAUUACUAACAAUUUUAAACAACCACAAUUAUAAUUAGUAUAAAUAUAAUUUUUUAUUAAAAAAAAAUUAAAAUUAGCCGAUCAAUAAAAUAUAUUUUAAAAUCUAAUUUUACUGCUACAGUGAUGUUUCUUAUAAGUUUAUAAACUUAAUGUUAUAUAAACUAUACCUAUUAUAGAAUUUUGUACCUAAUUACCUACCUAUGUAAGAAAAAUAAAU